UUUGUCAAAUGAAUAAAAUUUAAAUGCACACAAGACACUAAGGAAAGUAAAUUCAAAGGAGUUCCCUUGAAAAAUUGCCAAAUGUUGUAGGGUCCUCGGAUACCUGGCGACAGAAAUGGAGCUCGGAAGAGAGCUCUUCAAAAGGACGUUAGAAGUCAAAAAUAAGAUACACUGUCCAAGAAAUUGCCUCUACUCUCAGGAUGCCAGUAAUCAAGAAGUUCUGCUAUUGUUUUAGUCUAAGAAGUGGCGCUUAUACAAUUGCGUAUGCAGGUCUUACAAUAGACAUAUUAGAUUCAGUAGCCACUAUAUAUACUGAGUCGCAGUAUUGCGGUGAUAUAUUGCUCCUCUGGAUAAUUUCCACCGUUUGGAAUAUCCUAUCCGCAAUGAUUCUCUUGACUGCACUUCAUCGGGAUAAUCCGCACCUGCUUCCGGUCCACCUGGUGACUUGUCUCUGUGGCCUGAUCCUCGAGAUGACCAACCACAUGUGGAUUGCCUCCCUCGGUAUCACCGACUACAUUUUGAUGUCCUAUGCGUUCUUUUUGAUUGCCUUUGUAGCUGCGGACGUCGUGGUCGUGCUCAGCUACUACCAAUCCGAGAUUUAGUGGACCACUCCGAUUACCCAUUAACCCAGGCGGCCGACCGAGCGCAGCAUGUAGCAUUUUGUGGCGCGCGAUUAGGCGCGAAAAUUUAUUUGGAAAAUGUUGCGCAAUCGGGCCGUGCAUAAAUCGUGGCCAAUUGUCACCAGCGGAUUGGCAACCGAACCUCGGCGACCUGCGUUUAAUUAUCGCCCCGCCAGCGCCCGCCGAGCUACAUGCGUGCUAAUUGACCAGGCUGAAGCUCAGCGCUGCUCCAAUCCGAAUCCGAAUCCGACUCCAGCUCCAGCACCGAAUCCCAGUCCAAGUUCCAGUACCAGUGCAAAUGUCCAAAUGAUAACCGCGCCGAUGAAAACGCACGCUGAGCCAAAUGAAAAUUAUGUUGCAAUCGGGCAGGCGUGCUGCCCGCUGGCUGGUCACUGGUCACUGGUCAGUGAACCGCAGUUGGCACCACCAUCCAUCCAUGGGGCUUAAUUAAUUUCCUUGAUUAAUUGAAAGUGCGCCUUGCUCGCAGUAUUUUCGUUUUC